AUAUAAUAUGCAUGUUCUUCUACAUGUAACAUAAUCUUAUCACAUCUUUUCAAACACAUCAUCAUCACUAUUAUUUAUUAACAAACUAUAGCACCUUGAAAGCGAUAACCUUCCAACCCAUCUCCACCUUCUAAUUAUUCUCAACAAAAACCACUCUCUCUCACACCAUCACUCAAACCAUUUCUCACUUCUUUCACACACAAAAAAAAAACCUCAAACCUUAUUUUCUCCAAACCUUCACCCAACAAAACAACAACCUUCUCCACCUCAAAACAUGUCGGUAAAAGAGUGCAACCACCACAAAGGAAAGAAACACAAACGCUUCAGAAAAAUCUUCUGGGGAAUCGUAAUCUUCCUCUUCAUCGUCCUCCUCACAAUCCUAAUCACCUGGGCAAUCCUAAAACCUUCCAAACCAUCUUUCAUCCUCCAAGACGUCACCGUCUACGCUUUCAACGCCACCGUUCCAAAUUUCCUCACCUCAAAUUUCCAAGUCACCGUCUCUUCUCGUAACCCAAACGACAAAAUCGGUGUCUACUACGAUCGUCUAGACGCGUACGUCACUUACCGGAGCCAGCAAAUCACUUACAGAACCGCCAUACCUCCGUCGUACCAGGGUCACAAAGACGUUGACGUUUGGUCGCCGUUUGUUUACGGAACCAACGUCCCGGUUGCUCCUUAUAACUUCGUUACUCUUAGUCAAGAUCAGACUAACGGCAACGUUCUUGUUGUCGUUAAACUUGACGGUAGAGUUAGGUGGAAAGUUGGUGCUUUCAUCUCCGGUCAUUACCAUGUUUUUGUUCGGUGUCCUGCUUUUAUUACCUUCGGUCCUCAGAGUAACGGAAUUUCCGUCGGUGAUAGCGGCGCCGUUAAGUAUCAGAUUGUUCAACGGUGCACCGUUAGCAUUUAACGGUAAAGCGACAUCGUUCAGUCAACGCCGUUAAUAUAUUGCAUUUCACUUCUUCCGCUGUUUAACGAUCUUUUUGGUUAUAUUUUCUUCCACGGUAUUUAAAAUUGUACAUUUAAAAUUGUUAUUAUUUAAUGUUAUAUUAUAAUUAAGGUUAUUUUAGAAUAAAAAUGUACUUGGAGCUAUAUGAGAAGCUGAUGGGGGAGAUAUAGAAAAUUUGUAAUAUGUGUUGUUAAUUAGUUGUAAUAUUAUCAUUUGAGCUGAAUCAAUACAUCAAUAAAAAAUAUUUUUUUUUGUGUCAA